CCUAACUCUGGAUACACUUUUUUCCACGCAUUUCCAAGGAGCCAGGAACUUAUGUUUUGUUUUGUCUUUCAAGGGAAUAGUCAGAUUCCGUUUUGAAAAUGCUUUUUUUUGCGGAGUUGAAUUGAAACUUCCCUGAUCUGCAGGAAUCAUUCUCUCCCCAUUCAGAGGGUUUUGUUGCAUUGGAUAAAACAACACUUCUGGAGUACUUUGGAACACUGUGGAAGGAGUCGCUGCUGUGUUUCCCAUUGAGUUUUCUUUAACGUUUGCUGGAAUAUAAAUGCCUUUGUGACUCCUCGGUAAAGUUGAUGCAUCAUAGGCAUGGACUCUGUCUGAGAAAGGUGGACUGCCUCUCUGACCAUGGCGCUCACAGGUAGGGGAUUUGGCCGGUUCCAUUUGAUUUUACUCCUGUUAUGGACUCUCUCGCAGUACUCAGUAUCCAGCCAAGUCCGACAAGAGUUCCAGGUCCUGGAGGAGCAGCCCAUCGGCACCUACGUGGGCACGAUAGAGACCAAGCCCAGCUUCACGUACCGCUUCAGCGAGAACCACAAACUUUUUGCAAUUAACGGAACCACCGGAGUCAUUUACACCUCCUCGGUGAUUGACAGGGAGAUUUUGCAAAGUGAUGUCAUCAACGUCGUGGUGCUGUCCAGCCAGCCCACCUACCCCACUGAGGUCAGGAUAGUAGUUGUGGAUAUUAAUGACAACUCCCCUGUGUUUCCAGACGAGUCUAUUGUGGUGUCUUUUAAGGAGGACGCCAGCAGUGGUAGACAAGUGAUCCUGGACACUGCUACAGACUCAGACAUUGGAAGUAACGGAGUUGAUCACACUACGUACAAAAUAGUGAAAGGCAACGAGCAGAGGAAAUUCCGCCUGGAUAUUACAGUCAAUCCUAGUGGAGAGGGAGCAUUCUUGCACCUGGUUUCCACUGGAGGCUUGGACAGGGAAGUUUCUCCCUUCUACCAGCUCCUGGUUGAAGUGGAGGACAAAGGAGACCCAAAAAAGUUUGGUUACCUGCAAGUAAACGUCACUAUUCAAGAUAUAAAUGACAACCCCCCUAUUUUUGAUCAAGAUCAGUAUCAAAACAGUGUCUAUGAGGAUGCAGCAGUAGGUUUUAGUGUCCUGCAGAUUACAGCAUCAGAUCAGGAUGAGGGAGCUAAUUCUGAAAUCAGGUACUUUUUAGAUGAAGGGACACCUUUUCAAAUUGACCCCAAAGCUGGUACUAUUAUUAUAAAAGAGAGUUUGAAUUAUGAGAGUAAGAAAGAGUACUCCCUCACUAUCCAUGCAGUUGACAACGGUGUGCCCUCUCUGUCAGGCAGGACAGAAGCCACUAUUAAACUUGUAGAUGUGAAUGAUAAUGACCCAGUGGUGAAGUUUAGGUAUUUUCCCACAACUUCUAAAUUUGCCUCCGUUGAUGAAAAUGCACAGAUUGGCACAGUUGUUGCUUUGCUCACUGUUUCAGAUUCCGACUCCCCCACAGCUAAUGGCAACAUAUCUGUUUCAAUCUUAGGAGGCAACGAGCAGAGACACUUUGAAGUGCACACGUCUCCUGUGCCCAAUUUAAGUCUGAUCAAAGUGGCCAGUGUGUUAGACAGAGAGAGAAUUUCCUCAUACAACCUGACUGUGUCUGUGUCGGACAAUGGCAGGCCUAUUGCUCGCUCCUCUUUUGCAAGUCUGGUUAUUUUUGUGAAUGAUAUCAACGAUCACCCCCCUAUAUUCCAGGAAACGCUGUACAGAGUAGAUAUCAGUGAAGACAUACCAAAAGGGAGCUACAUUAAAGGGGUUUCUGCAACAGAUGGUGACUCUGGGCAGAAUGCCAACCUGCGCUACUCCCUGGUGUCUGGAAACGCUUUGGGCUGGUUCUCCAUCAGUGAAAACAGUGGUCUGGUUACCAGUGCCGCUUUGUUGGAUAGGGAAAUAGCAUCUGAAAUUGUGCUCAACAUUAGUGCCAAAGACCAGGGGCUACAGCCCAAAAUGUCGUACACUAAACUCAUAGUCAACAUCACUGAUGUGAAUGACCAAGUGCCCACAUUUACACAGAGCACAUAUCACGUCUCCCUGGUGGAGCACGCUCCUGCCGGCACUGAGCUGGUGGUGCUGUCUGCAUCAGAUGACGACGUCGGGGCUAAUGGAACUAUCCGGUUCUCAUUUGAUGCAGAGACUCCAGCCAGUGUCCAGGAGCUGUUUCGCCUGGAUGCCGUGUCAGGGCGAUUAAGCACAGCCGCUGAGCUAGACAGGGAAGAUAAGGCCUCGUACUUACUCCACAUCCACGCAGCAGACGCAGGCAGCCCUCCUCUGCACUCUUUAGGAAGGGUCAAUAUCACGCUGAGGGAUAUCAAUGACAAUAGGCCAGUUUUCUACCCUGUGCAGUAUUUUGCCAAUGUGAAAGAGAACGAGCCCUCGGGUUCUUUUGUGACCACCGUUUUAGCCACAGACCCCGAUUUGGGUCGAAAUGGCACGCUCAAAUAUAUCAUUUCAGCUGGAGAUGCUUCCAAAUUCCGUAUUAAUAGCAACACGGGAAAAAUUAGCACCCUUGUGUCCCUGGAUAGAGAGGAGAAAACUGCAUACCAGCUGCAGGUGACAGCUGCAGAUGGUAGCGGCCUGCGCUCAGACACUCAGGCCAUAGUCACUGUUACUGUCAUCGACACACAGGAUAACCCACCAGUCUUUAGUCAGAACGUGUAUAGUUUUGUCAUGUUUGAAAAUGUUGGCAUUGGGACAGUUAUAGGGACAGUGUCAGCCACCACUGUGGAUUUAAACACAAACAUUUCAUAUUUAAUCACCUCAGGGGACCAGAGGGGGCUUUUUGCUGUAAACAGUGCAGGUCAGAUCACAGCUUCGAGCCAGAUAGACAGAGAGGAGCAGGGUUUCUAUCAGCUUAAAGUUGUAGCCAGAGCUGGGGAGAUCACAGGAGAGGCCUUUGUUAACAUCACCGUGAAGGACUUAAAUGAUAAUGCCCCUCAUUUUAUUCACGCCGUGGAGCAUGUGAGUGCGGUGGAAAACUGGAGCACAGGUCAUGUCAUAUUCCAGGCCAAAGCUUCAGAUCCUGAUGAAGGCACGAACGGCGUGGUGGCUUACAGCCUCAAACAAAACCCCAAAGGCCUGUUUCAUAUUCAUGAGAAGCACGGCCUCAUCACGCUGACCGGGCCGCUGGAGGUCACCACAAGCUCUUACGAGGUCGAGGUCAUCGCCUCAGACAUAGGGGUCCCCCAGCACACCUCCAGCCUCAUCCUCAUCGUCAGUGUUUAUGACGUCAACGACAACUCGCCUGUGUUUGACCAGCUUUCAUAUGAGGUCAUCAUCCUGGAGUCUGAGCCUGUCAACAGCCGCUUUUUCAAAGUGGAGGCCACCGACAAAGACUCUGGACUAAAUGGGGAGAUCAUGUAUGACAUCGCUGGGGGCAACACAGGUGAUGUGUUUGGCAUUUUUCCAGACGGGCAGCUGUACAUCAAAGCAGAGCUGGACAGAGAGAUACAGGACAGAUAUAACUUAGUGGUGUUGGCCAAAGACCGGGCUGUGGAGCCGCUAAGUGCUACUGUGAAUGUCAGCAUCAUUCUCGAUGAUGUAAACGAUAACCGUCCCCUUUUUAACAGCACUAAUUAUGUGUUUCAUUUUGAGGAAGAGCAGAAGAGGGGGUCGCUUGCUGGGCAUGUUUUUGCCCAGGAUAAAGACUAUGGCCCCAACAGUGAGGUCAGAUAUACAUUUGAGACUCCGCAGCCCAACUUUGAGCUGAACGCCAUCACAGGGGAGUUGACCAGCACUUUGCAGUUUGAUCGCGAGUUGCUCAUGAGGCAAAGGGGCACCGCAGUUUUCAGCUUUGUGGUCGUCUCAUCAGACCAGGGUCUCCCAAAACCCCUCAGAGACCAGGCCAAAGUGCAAGUUUACAUUCAAGACAUCAACGACAACCCGCCUAAAUUCACCAAAGACAUUUACCAGGCCUCCAUCUCAGAGUCAGCUCCGAACAUGACACAACUGCUGCGGGUCUCGGCCUCCGAUGUAGAUGAGAACAAGAAUGGACUGGUUCAUUAUUACAUCUCUGAGGGUAACGAGGAAGGACAGUUUACUAUUGAUAGCAGCACUGGACAGGUCACUUUAAUAGGGAAGCUGGACUAUGAAUCUACUUUUUCCUAUUCAUUGAAAAUUAUGGCUGUUGAUGAUGGAGCUGUGCCUCUGUCCUCUUCUUGUAUGCUCAGUAUCAGCAUCCUGGAUGAGAAUGACAACUCCCCCUCCUUCCCUAAAUCCUCCGUGUCUGUGGACGUCCUGGAGAACAUGAGAAUUGGGGAGCUGGUGGCCUCAGUGACCGCCACUGAUGCAGAUUCUGGUCAAAAUGCAGACAUAACUUACACCAUCACAGCCACAAACAACCAUGGCACUUUCAGCAUCAGCCCCAACACUGGCAGCAUCUUUUUAGUUAAAAAGCUGGACUUUGAAACUCAGUCAUUUUACAAACUCAACAUCACUGCAAAGGACAAUGGCAGACCUCCCCGCUCUUCAUCCAUUCCUGUGGUCAUUCAAGUACGGGAUUUUAACGACAACCCUCCCAUAUUUACCCCUGGUGACAUUUUCAAAUCAAUCGCUGAAAAUCUUCCGCUCUCAGCCUCAGUCAUGACAAUAGCAGCUCAUGACACGGACGCGGACAUAAACGGCGAGCUGGAAUACUCCAUUGUUCAGCAGAUUCCCCGGGGAGGCCACUUCAGGAUUGAUUCGAACACCGGGCUCAUAUACACCAGCCGAGAAAUCGACAGGGAGUUCUCAAAUCUGUUUGAGCUCACCAUCAAAGCCACCGACAAAGCAGUUCCAGUUGAAUUCCGCCGCUUUGCCCUGAAAAAUGUCACCAUAUGGGUCACAGACUUAAACGAUAACAUUCCAACUUUCAUAUCGCAGAAUGCUCUUGUGGCAGAGCCCAAUAUCGUUACUGGAUCCAUCCUUACAACCGUUUUGGCCUUUGACCCCGAUGAAGGGUCAAACGGAGAGGUGGAGUACGAGCUCUUGGAAGGGGACUCUGACACUUUCAUCAUGGACAGGUACAGUGGAGAUAUUCGCCUGGCCUCCCAGCUGGUACAGUCCCGACUCAUGUACAUCCUCACAGUGUCGGCCACCGACCAUGGCAGCAGCCGCAAGACCUCCAGAACUGAUCUGACCAUCAUCCUUCAGGGGCUGGAUGGGCCUGUUUUCUCCCAGCCGAAAUACAUCACUAUCCUGAAAGAGGGCCAGCCGCCGGGCACCAACGUCAUCUCCCUGGGCGCCUCAAGUCCUCGUGGAUCAGCGACCAAAGUGGAGUAUUUCAUAGUGGCAGUUCGUAGUGAAGGAAAAGCAGUGGGACGCCUUUUCACCAUCGGCCGCCACACUGGAGUGAUACAGACGGCUGCAGAGCUGGACCGAGAACAAGGCUCCGACCUCUACAUGGUGGAUGUGUACGCCAUCGAGACUGACGCCAGCCAGCCCAGAACACAGCGUGCUGAGGUGGAGAUCACGCUCCAGGACGUCAAUGACAACCCUCCUGUUUUCCCUAAUGACAUUCUCGAUGUGACCAUUGAGGAGAACGUUGGAGAUGGCUUCAAGAUAAUGCAGCUAACAGCCACGGAUGCAGACAAGAUAUCCUGGGAGUGA